CCUGCCUUUCCUCCUUGGAGCGUACGAAUCAGAACAGAAGGACGGCCCGAUCAAACGAUGGUCUCCGAACACGGAAGUAGUUACGGCGACGAUACAGUUCAUCCAGGAUACUGGAAGACUAGACCCAGGAACAUGACAUCCCUCUACACCUUCUCUCCUCCACCUUCUCUCCUAGUUAUACAUUCCCUUCUACUAACUAUAUGGUCCCAACCCUCCGAUCCGACGCUGUGCCCGAGUAAGAGCAGCGUCACUCUAGAUCAGAACCUAGAAGAACAGAGGCAUUCAGCAAACUGACCAUCUUAUUCCCUUAACACAGUUAUAAUAUUUCCCUAUGUUAGCCGCAGAUAUAGAAGCUAGUUAGAAGACCGAAGAUAGAAAAUGGGGGCACAAGGCCACAAGGCACCAAUGUAUGUAAUUAGUCAGCUUAGGUAGUUCCCCACAUGGGCCUCGCCGAGAGGCCUGACGGGCGUAUGAAUCUCUCUCUCUCUCUCUCUAAAUAUGGCUCUCCACCCAACUAAUUCGUUGGGCCUAGUCCCGUAUCUCGAUUCGUCAGAUUUUGAUGGAAAUGAGGAGGGAAGUGAGGAGGAAAGUGAGGAGGAAAGUGAGGAGGAAAGUGAGGCUGGAGAUAGUGAUAUGGAGGAGAGCUUUGCGACUGACUCCUUCUUCAACGACUUCCCAAAUACGAUACAGGAGGACUAUAUUGUUAUGGGUUGAAACCCUUGGUUGGCUCAGGCUGAGAGCCUAAGCCUGAUUAGGUUAAGGGUAAAUCAGAGUCCAACCUCUCCGAUGUAAACAAGAAAGCUUCUGUUGUGAAGACGACAAAAGUAGAAGACUGAUUAU